AUGGGGGAAGUCUCGAGGGGUUUCCCUAGACCCAUAGGGGGCAGCCGGAGUCGGCUGCCGGAGGAGCAGCGGCGCCUGGUGGAGAGCACGGAGGUGGAGUGUUACGACUCCCUCACGGCUUGCCUGCUGCAGUCGGAGCUGGUAAACUACGAGCGCGUGCGCGAGUACUGUCUCAAGGUGCUGGAGAAGCAGCAGGGCAACUUUAAGGCCACCUACCGCGCCGGCAUUGCCUUCUACCACCUGGGCGACUACGCACGCGCGCUGCGCUACCUGCAGGAGGCCCGCAGCCGGGAGCCCACAGAUACCAAUGUGCUCCGUUACAUCCAGCUGACUCAGCUGAAGAUGAACCGUUGCAGCCUCCAGCGGGAAGACAGUGGGGCUGGGGCCCAGACUCGGGAUGUAAUUGGCUGAGGCCAACCCAGGGGGACCUCUCUACCCCUCACCCUCCCACCUCACCAUGUAACUUCCCCGACUCAUGUGUUCGUUGGUAAAACACUUGUCACUGGUGAUCACAA